CACACCCACCGACACAGGUGAGUGUGAGCAGCCGUGUGUGUGUGUGUGUGUGCGUGUGUGUGUGUGUUUCAUUUCUAGGACAUCAGCCAUUUCCAGGUCUGUACUCCUUAAUUGUACUCUAAAUGAGUUAUAAUGCUUCUACCUUUUGAAACAUGGCAACUGCAGUAAACUUUCACAAACGCAUUAAGAGCACCUCCAUGACCUUAAUCUACUUUAAACCCAUCUGUGUUUCGGCAAUGCUGAACUGCCCCUACGUGUGAAUGAGAGUAUGGACGUUUAUGCGUUCUGCCCUGUGACCUUGACCUGGAUGAGGCAAUUACUCAAUGUGUACGAAUUAAUUUUAAUCCCACGUGUGAUGUUGUGUGUUUGCAGUGGUGUGUGGGAGUGCAGACUGACUGUGGAAGAAAAAAAACAUGGUAAUACAGACCUAAUCUUUCCUACAGGGAUUGCAUGCGCUCAGCCCAGUGUGAGUAAUAGUCGGCCGGAUGUCUCCACAACGACUCCGUGGUUAGCUCCAAUUGUGUGGGAGGGUACAUAUGAUUUGACGGUGAUUGACAACAUCUACAAACAACAGAACAUCACCGUGGCAGUCACCGUCUUCGCUCUGGGGAAGUACAUACGCUUCCUGAAGGACUUCCUAGAAUCUGCAGAGCAGCACUUCAUGGUGGGCUACCGAGUGCAUUAUUACCUGUUUACAGAUCGUCCGGACGAGGUUCCCACGGUAACGCUGGGGGAAGGGCGUCAGUUGACUGUGAUAAAAACAGAAACUUCGAACCGCUGGCAGGAAAUCUCACUGCGCAGGAUGGAGAGAAUCGAGAAGCUCAUCGAGAAGGAACUCAUCGACAAGGCAGACUACAUAUUCUGUCUCGACGUCGACUCCAAAUUCCACGCUCACUGGGGGGCGGAGUCUCUGGGUGACCUUGUCGGCGUGCUGCAUGCCGGGUUUUUCGGAACAUCUCGGAAACAGUUCACAUACGAGCGGCGUCCUGAAUCUCAGGCCUUCAUACCUUUACAAGAAGGAGACUACUACUACGGAGGGGCCGUGAUCGGAGGACGCCUCGACAAAGUGCACAAGCUGGUGAAGACGUGCCGCAUGCAGCUGGAUGUGGACCGAGCCAAUCACAUUGAAGCGGCAUGGCAGGAGGAGUCUCACCUGAACAAGUACUUCCUGUACAAUAAGCCCAGCAAGUUGCUCUCACCUGAAUACCUGUGGGACGACACAAAAGGGAAACCCAGCUACAUGAAAGCGGUGCGUUUCUCUCAGGUGUUCAAGAAGUACGCCGAGGUCCGACCCAACCCUUAAAGCACACUGUACUGUAAUGGGUUUCUCAGGAAAGAUAAAUGAACUAACGCCACUAACUCUAUCACCAUCAUCUCGCAGGUUUCAACCACAGACUACACCAAGGUCUUCCAUCAGGAAAUGUUUGGUUACCCUACAUUAUAAGACAUGUUGAUGAUUAUAUUAAUAAAUUGUGUUUUCCUGGAUUUUUAAGUCCUAAUUAUGUUUGUAAGUUACACAAAUGCAAUAAAGACAAUUCUUAAAGGAAA